AUGCUGAAUUGUAUUGCCCAAAAAUCUUCUCUGUUCAAGCUGAAGACAGUAUUUGCGUCUAUACCAGUGACGAAAAGAUCUUUCGGAACCGGAACAAAUGAAAAGUUCCGUAUUUUAUUCUUUGGUACAGAUAAUUUUGCUUCGAAUCACUUGAAAGCGCUUAUUGAUGAAAAAGAGAGACCUGGCUCAAAUAUUGAAUCCAUUGGCCUUGUUUGUCCACCCGACAAAAGAACAGGAAGGAAUCUUUCAACGAUUACACCAAGUCAAACGAAAGGUAUUGCUGAAGCACAUCAAUUAAACAUAUUUCAUACACCACCUGGAGUCAAAACGCUUUCGGAAUGGCAAUUGCCUUUGAAUUCUGAUCCAGCAACAGCAACAACAGGUUAUGAUUUGGGCGUGGUUGUUUCUUUCGGCUACUUUAUUCCACCACACAUCAUAUCCCUAUUUCAACACGGUGCCAUCAACGUCCACCCCUCUCUUCUGCCCAAAUAUCGUGGCGCCGCUCCAAUUCAGCAUACCAUCCUGUCCGGGGACACGAAAACGGGCGUUACCAUUCAAGAAUUGGAUGCUUAUGAAUUUGACGCAGGACGUAUCCUUUCUCAGCAAUCGUUGGUGCUAGAUACUGCGCCUGUCUAUUCACGGUUGAAGGAGAAGCUAACUCAAGUUGGAUGCGAGCUGCUAGUGGAUACCGUUCGUCAUUUCAAAGAAAGAAAAUUACAUGCUCAGACCCAAGAUAUCAGUCAAGCUACCAAAGCGCCUAAAGUAGAAAAGUAUUGGUCUGAAUUGGACUACCAUCAUAUGUCGGCAUGGCAAGCGGUUCAGUUGCAUAGAGCGAUAGGCGAGCAAUACCCGUUGCGUACUGCAUUCAGUGUGAGAACAAAGAAAGUGACAAAGAAUGUAGUAGUGCAAUUACUGGAUCUUUGUCUGAUAAAUACGAGCCAAAGCAGAAAAGAGCCGGGUACUUUUGUCUGGGAUGAGGCAAGUAAAAGCUUACAUAUAAGUUUCGGAGAUGGUAGUGUGAUGGCAUGUUCGAGAUUGAAAAUGGAAAAUAGAGGGGCUAUGACAGCAAGUGAUUUCAAAAAUGGAUAUGGUUUAGAAGGGCACUUUGUGAAUUCAGCAGAAAAUAUAGAUGAAAAGUUGAGGAAACGAAGAGGCAGACUAUUAGCAAACAUGAAACCAUUUGAUGUAUAA